UUUAGUUUAUUGUUACGUGAAACUGUUCUAUCUGUUCACUUUAGUUCUGUCCUACUGUCAGCUUGUCAAUCGUCUAACAGCACUUUGAGCUGAGCGUACGAAAGGUGUUUUACAAGUUAAGUUUGAUUGAUGGAUUGUUUGAAUAAUUUGCAUCAACUUUUACUUAUUGUAAGUAAAUGAUCGGAAUACUUCCUCCACCUCUGGAGAGUUUCACUUUUUUGUGUUAUCUGUAAAGUUAUUGUGAGUUGCAAGAGCAUAAACAGUACGACACUGAUGACCUUGAUGUUUACUGGUAAAACCUGAGCCACACCCAGUGUGAGAGGCUUAUAAAGAGAGAGGAGCUGAGCACCUGCAGCAUCCAGCAUCAGACGCCUGCUACAACAGGUAACUUGCUCUAAUCGCCUUCUUUUUCUCUCUAUUCUCACCUUACUGAUUUAGUAUUUACUACAUUUGCCAGACUUAAUCUUUAAUGACCAAACACUGGUCAGAUUUCUACUGCAUUUUCAGAUUUGAAGUUUAACUGUAGAGGACCACCAUGAUGAUCCCGGUUUUCCUUCUCGCCCUCCUCUCACUGACGUUCAUUCCUUCGGAGUGUGCAGACUCAUUAGAUUUCAUGAUCGACGGAGCGCAUUCAGUUCAAAACAGCACUAUGAGCUCAUCUAAAAUGAUUGAACGUACCAAUGUUAACUCAUCACAUCUGGUACAUGGUGACAUCAAGCCAAAUACCAACAAGAACGCCGUCCCCUGCACAGCCACUGGCUGCAAGUGGCCUAAAAGUGGAUCCUAUGUCAUUGUGCCUGUUGCCAUCUCCGCUGACUACACUCAAGCAGAGGUCAACACCAUCGUCAAUGGUCUGGUAUCUUUCCACUCUACCACCUGCAUUCGCUUCGUCUGGCGGACGACACAGACGGAUUUCCUAUACUUCUUCCCUGGAACUGA